ACUGCUCCGUGUACGCAUGCGCGCUGGUGCUCCCGGACAACACUGGCGCCGCUCGGGGCCGUCAUUCUGUGGUCUGCAAUGGCGGACUCGGUUUCAUGUGUGGGUGUGCUGGGGUUGCUACUUGUGUCUGCACUGCCCGGGGUCCUCGGAGACCGCUCCAGCCCCGACCUCCGGGCACACCCAGGAGACCCCUUCCAGGUCGGCCCUGAGGCCGCGGAACCCCGGCGACGGCCGCCGCCCAAGGACCAGCGCGAGCGGGCCCGGGCCGGGGCUCUGCCUCUGGGGGCGCUGUACACCGCAGCUGUCGUGGCUUUUGUGCUGUACAAGUGUUUGCAGCAGGGGAAAGAGGAGAAUGCUCUUCUCCAAGAGGAGGCAGGCAAGAAAGAAUCACUGCAGUCAGAGCAACAGUUGGCCCAGUUGACACAACAGCUGGCCCAGACAGAGCAACACCUGAACAAUCUGAUGGCCCAGCUGGACCCCCUUUUUGAGCGUGUGACUACCCUGGCUGGAGCCCAGCAGGAGCUUCUGAACAUGAAGCUUCAGACCAUCCACCAGCUGCUACAAGAGAGCAAGCCAAACAAGGGUGUGGAGGUUCCAGAACCAGAGGCCAGCAUACCCUUUCCUGAGGACUUAUGUGUAGAGGAGGAGGAGGCUGGUGACAGUCAGGCCUGGGAGGAGCCCUUGAACUGGAGCACAGAGACAAGGAACCUAGCUCCUCCCUGGGAAGUGGAGCAGGGGCUAAGGAGAAGAUGCAGCAAGGCUGUGGGAAGGGCCGCGGCCCCAAUCCCCGCCUGGGAGGAGGAACGACAGCUGAAGGUUUAGUAAAACAAAGUCUGUUCUUGUGA